AACUAAAUGCUGAGAAGUUGCAGACAAUCCUCAUAUGGCAACAAAAGUUUGUCACUGGACCUUUUUGUGAAGUGAUUCCUUCAAUAAUCUUUGAUAUCCAGUUACCUUAUCCAAAGUUCUUGGUGUAAUUGUGCAUGAAGAUCUACAUUGGGAAGAGCAAAGUAUCACAGUGUGUUUGUGAUAGUUUGUAGGAAAUAUUUCUCUUGUCUAUUUGCAAUAUGGUGGGAUUUCCUUUAUGGAACAGAUAUAUUUCUGGUCAUGGCCACAAGGUCUCCUACUAUACCUUUGAAAAUAUCAAAGGAUGCCGAUACAGUGUUUAACAGCAGUGUCUCUCCUACAUCUACUGCAGAUGGGGAUAACAUAUCAGGUGUGCCACUGGUUUCAGACCUCGAACUGAAUGACAGAAGACAUUCGGAAGGAGACAGUCGUUCAAGAGCGGCCAGUAGUGCUUCGAAACUGGAUUGCAGAGGCACCACAGUAGAUGACCUGCCAGAUGAACUGAUGCUGGAGAUUUUCUCAUACGUGAGCUUCAGUGAAAACAUUAAAGUUUUACAGAAGGUGUGCACUCGCUGGAGGAUUCUGGCCCAGGACGCUCAUUUGUGGCUUCAUGAGAAGUACGUUGUCAGACAGGAAACGAGUGAAGAGGAGGCUAUUGCAACAUUUUCUGCAGUACCACAGCUGCGGACUGUGAUCCUAGAAAAAGAAGUCUCACCUGGUGUCUUCCAGGCUCUGUCUAGAAGCUGCCCACACCUCACCACUCUCGAGACUAACUUUUGGCAGAUGCUGACUUGCUUGGAAGCAGACAACCUCUUUGCUGGCUGUAGAAAGAUCCGCACAUUGUCCAUUUAUGACAAGGGUGUCCGGGCAAACGUGAGAUUCUUGGAUGCCGUGGCACGGCUGGCAGACCUGCGAGUGCUGCACAUACGAGAAACUGAAGAUGCAGACAAGGUGAUUCCACUGCGCAUUAUAGCUGAUGGCUGCCCACAUUUAAGUGACUUGGGCUUGGGAGACGUUUUUGGCCUAUGCUACUGGUAUCAAGAUGCCGAGUAUUUCAUCAGUUCCCAUAAAUGUGUGCUCAAGAGCCUGCGUAUCAGGUGGACAUCAGUCAAAGGCAGGAGUAUAGUUCCGCUGCUACUUAUGUGUGCCGACGUGCUAGAGAACCUCGAGCUGAUAACCCACCAUGAGAUCAGCGUCGAGGAGGCCACAAAAACUCUCAACGCCCUGGGGAAACUCCACAACCUGCGGCGUCUCCACUUCGGUGCCACUAAUCGGGAAGUCCAACACUUGGUUCCUGCUGUGUUUGAGAAUGGACGAUUGCAGAAACUACAGCACCUUCAGUUGAGUGACAUGGUGCAAGAUGAGAUGGUGCGCGCCGUGGCGCAGCACUGCCCGGACCUGCGAGAACUUGAACUGCUCCGCUGUGCGGGACACACAGAUGCUCUUUUUGAGCCACUCCACCGACUUAAAAAGCUGGAAACAUUGAAAAUUACUUAUUGUCAAUGUCUUGGUGGAAAAGCAAUAUCAUACAUAGCUAAGGUAUCAGCAUUGCACACUUUGGAGUUCAAUUCUGUUAAAUUUUAUAAAUUAAAGCCCAGUGUGGACUGCAUUCUCGAAAUGUCAGAGCUCCGCAGGCUUUUCCUCAAGGAUUGUAUUUGCUGGGCCAUACCGUUUGACAAGUUUCCUGGCAGACUGGUGAACCUCAGAGAGCUGGAGAUUGACUACUGUGACGGAGACCAGGACAUACUGGACAGAAUCAGUGCCCAGAUGCCAGACCUGAGGGUGAAGGGCACACUCGGGGCACUAAUCACAGAUGAUAGUUACGAUGAAUACGAAUAUUAUGAAGAGGGUAACUCCGAGUGACACCAUUUCCAGGGUCUGCACACAGUCGGCACACGGAGCGGGGUAGCUGUGGGAUCGACACACUGCUGGAAGUUGCACUCGUGUUCUAAAGACCCUGACUACAAAACUCAGCCAGUGCCUCCAUUUCCUUACUGUCCUCAGCUUCAACAGGGCAUUGGAUGCCCAAAAUAUGGAAAUGAGAAGAGGAAAACAACGGACAAUAUGUGAACAGUGAAGGUUUUAGUAAUUGCACAUGUCUCAAGUGUCUCAGUUUUGUUUUAAAUUAUUACAUUUAAUUAUCGAUGUAUGUUACUGGAAGGUCUGCUGAUGCAAAUAAAAAUUAGUUUUUGCAAUGUUACGAAUGGCAUGCAAUGUUUUUAA